AUGGCAAGUGCAGCUGCUACCGCGGAAGCAGACUUACAAGGGACUGGAAAAGGGGGCAAUCGCCAAAAGACCUAUGACAUCCAUCACAUGGAGGAAAAUGAAGAAGUGGCCAACUAUACUAUGGCAGAACCAGAAGCUGAUGAGGAAACCAUCCUUCAAGCUAUGCUGGACGAGGGUGAUGAGGAUGCCAGCUUCAUUCAAGACUUUGAAGAGCAGGUGAUCUUGACUUGCCAGGACAGUCAAGAAUUGUCAUCAUGCUUCACGGCAUAUCAAGAGGCACGAGAUCGGCUUCGUGAAAAGGCAAGAACGAGAGGCUAUUGGCCCUUGAAGUCUGGGAACAAAGGAAAGGGACGAGGAAAAAAGGGGAAGGGCUAUGGAGGUGGAUCAUAUGGCUCUUCCAUGGCGAUCAAUGUCAAGAGGAGAAGCUUGGCGGAAAGAAUCGCCAAUUCCACGUGCAGGCGCUGUGGACAACCAGGCCACUGGCGUCGUGAAUGCCCUUUGAACAAUUCCGAGACUUCCAAGGACAAGACGGCCUUCACGGGGGUUUCAAUGGAUGAUGCCACGGAGGAUGUCACCGCCAUACAGGAUGUCUUGACGACUCUGCCUGAGGAUGCUGAGCUCUUUGACCAGGACGGGGAGGACCAGGCGGAAUCGAAGACUGUAGGAAGCACUUUUCUCCAGUGCGCGAUGAAGCAGCCGCAGUGCCUGACCUUGACGGAUCAGCCAGCACAGAUGCAGGGCUCGGUGCGGAGUCAAAUUCAAAACUCCGUUUUUCUGAGGCAGGGUCCACGAGAACAGGUCAUGUCCAAGAUGUUAGGGGAAAAGAGUCAACCAUAUCUGACCACGGAACUGCAACUCCCGGUGGACGAAUCUCUCGAGUUCAAGGAGAUUCACAAUCAGGAUGGAGAGAUCAGGAAACCUCCAGGUGUCACAACACUGGAGGAAUGGGGCAAGAUACAUGCUCCUUCGGGAAAGCACCCGGGCAAGACAUUCCAGGAGAUCUUCGACCAGGAUCCCAACUAUGUUUUUCAACUGAGGAACAGACGAGGAGUGUCAGCCUGGGUCCGCAGUUUCCAGAUGUAUGCCAGGGCUCGCAACGAGAUUAUCAAUCGCAAUCUGCAGGCCGAGAGACAACAGCAGAUGCCGAUUCAACCAAGGGCGACAACAGAGAUCAACCAGGAGUGGACCGCAGUCCAUUGUCCACGGACACCGGCGGAAGUGGGAACAAGCAAGAAGGGAGAGCUCAAACGAUCAGCCAGCGAGGAGAAGUCCGGGAUGAAUAUCGAGAAGAACCAGGACAAGAUCACAGAUUUACAAACCAAGAUCGCUGUGCUCCAACGCGAGCUUGCCCGGGAGACCGAAAGGUCCAGUUCCAGUGGCCAAUCCAAGGAAAUGAUCCUUGGUUUGGAAGGACAUGAGGAACCCGAGAUGGCACCAGAGGCACUGCAGCUGCAAAAGCGUCGUCGGCCAGCCAAGAUCUCUUUGACUGUUUUUGGCUACUCUCGUGAGCGUCAUGGCAAUGAAGCCAACAUGAUGCGCAGUGCAGAGCCCAAAGUGGCGGCUUUUGCUGCAAAGAACUCUUUGAGUAGAAUUCAUGGCUUCACACCAGAACAAUGCCUCUUGGGAAAGUCCAAAGCUUUGCCAGCUUCCCUGACAUCCGAUGAGGAAGUAGGUGUGGUAGCGGGCAACCCCGAGGAAUCAGAAGGAUAUUCUCCCUCAGUAGGUGUGAGCAUGUCAAAUGGCCAAGAAAAUUCACAACCGGAAAAUGAGAUGUUUCCACCGGAAUCGCUCACCUCUGGUGACCCAGACGAAGGAAAAGAUGUAGGGGAUACAGGGGAGAAGGAUUUGGAACCUCAUGAGAUACCUGUACCUGAUGAAGAAGAUGGUUUGUUUGCUUUUGGGGAUGAUUUGGAACCACCUUCCGAAAAACCUGGAGUCUGGGAAAUCAAUUUUGGUGAGAGCCAUUGGAAUGACAAACAAUCCAAUCAUUCCGAAGUGAGCUCUGAGCAAAUUCACGUGUUCUUUGCAGAACAGGUCAUGAUAGCGUCCACUGCCAGGGACAUUGAUCUUUGCAACAGAUCAGCACAUGUCUCAAAACAGAUGGACAGUGGUUUGCCCAAUGGCCUGGAGCUCAAGAAAGAUCCCAAGGGUCGUGACAUCCACUUUAACAGCAGAGGCCAUUGCUUUAAGCAGCACGUUGGAUAG